CUUUGUCAUUGGUAUUGUCCCUGCGAGAAGUUGUAACCGCUUGUGGCGUUGCCUGAAUAUGCUGGACUAUAUUACCUACGCGAUUCGUCUUCGCGUUGCACGUAUUGACUUGUAACUUUAUAUUGUUACACCGAAAAAAACAAGAGUUAUGUUUGGCCAGCCGCUGGAGCUCAUUUAGAUUGCCUCUCUCAAGGAACUUAAUAACUGACUUCUGGGUUAAGACCUUCUGGAUCCCUGGUGAGAACCACAGUCUAGUCCAAUGAUGAAAUCCAGGAGAGUUGCUGGAUCCAGGAUGGAUGGUCCGUGUGCAAGGUCUUGGAGACAAUGGUAGCUCACGUUCCACUGGGGUACAGAGAUGAUGGCUCAUUUUCGGCAUGGCUUCACAGACUAGAAGCUCAUUAUUUUGUGCUUGAGAGAAUCUCACAGAUGGAGACUCAUUCUCAGGUUUAAUGUGGAUGUACUAAAGGACGGAUCUUGUACGAGAUUCCCACGGGAGAAUUUUCAUGGCUAACAAAGCUGAUUUUACAUAGGAAGAACACGACUUGCUCCUCUUGCAGUUGAAUGGAAAUAAAAGAGAUUCUGUGACCUUGGAAGAUGAAGAUGUUGUUGCCAUGGGAACUCUUAAUCCUGCUGUCACUCAAGAGCUGCCUAGCAGAGAGAAUUAUUCGACAUGGCCCAGUGUUCACCCAAGAGCCCAGUGACAGUGUUUUCCCUUUGAGCGCAGAGGACAACAAGAUAUUUAUUAAUUGCAAAGCCAAGGGAAGUCCAGCACCACAUUACAAGUGGAAAUUCAAUGGGAAAGAUCUUGAUAUUGACAUGGACUUCAACUACAGCCUUGUUGAGGGAAACCUUUUGAUCAAUAACCCUCAGGCAACUAAGCACGGCGGUGUUUACCAGUGUAUCGCCACUAAUGCAUUUGGAACCAUCCUGAGCCGAGAGGCUAAAGUGGAGUUUGCAUACCUGCAGAAUUUCAGCAGCAAGGCCAGAAGUCCAGUAUUAGUGAGAGAAGGACAGGCUGUUGUGCUCCUGUGCGGUCCGCCGCCCCACUUCGGAGAAAUCAGAUACUCCUGGAUAUUUAAUGGCCGCCCUAACGUUGUUGUUGGGGACAACCGACGCUUUGUGUCCCAGAGGACUGGGAACUUGUAUAUUGCAAAAGUUGAGACGUCAGACGUGGGCAACUACACGUGUGUGGUAAGAAAUGUGAUGACCAACACGACCGUCUACAGUUCCCCAACUCCAGUGGUGCUGCGUCGGGACGCUGUGAUGGGGGAGUAUGAGCCAAAGAUUGAAGUCCAGUUUGAAAAAAUGCUCCACGUUGCCAAAGGAUCAUCGGUUCGACUGGAGUGUUUCGCUUUAGGAAAUCCAGUGCCUUCUAUUUCCUGGAAGAGAGCAGACGGAAGCCCCUUUCCAGGAAAAAUGAAGAUAAAUCACUCAAAUGGUGUCCUGGAGAUCCCGUAUUUCCGUCCAGAGGAUUCUGGACUUUAUGAAUGUGUGGCCGAAAACUCCAAAGGACGUAGUAUUGCAAAAGGACGUCUUGUAUUUCAAAAUGUGGAACACCUGCAGUGGUCGCAGACUCUGUAUGACGCAAACAUGGCUAUUGAGUCCGAUCUUCACUGGGAGUGCAAGGCUAAUGGAAAACCUCAGCCUGUUUACCGAUGGCUCAAGAAUGGACAACCUUUGGUGUCUCAGGACAGAAUUCGUGUUGAUGGUGGCGGGUUAACCAUCUCCAACGUAAACCUGAUGGAUUCUGGGAUGUAUCAGUGUUUGGCAGAGAAUGAUAACGGAGUCAUAUAUGCAAGUGCUGAGCUGAAAGUUGUGGCCUCUCCUCCAGACUUCUCAAAAAACCCAGUGAAGAAGACUACGCUGAUCCAGAGAGGGGGGGAAGCUAUCAUCGAAUGCCGGCCGCACGCAUCCCCCAGAGCUUCGUACUCUUGGAGGAGAGGCAACGAGUUCCUGAAAGACAGCAAGAGGCGGACCAUCUCAGAGGACGGCACCCUCAGGAUCACUAACGUUACUAAAUCGGACGCAGGGAGGUACACUUGUGUCGCCAGAAACCCCUUCGGUACAUCCAGCAGUUCUGGGACGUUAGUGGUCAAAGAACCGACCAAGAUUACAGUCCCUCCUUUAAGUAUGGAUGCCACGGUAGGGGAGAGCAUCGUCUUGCCGUGUGAAGUAUCUAAAGACUCCACUCUACACCCCGUCUUCAAGUGGUUCUUCAACGGGAAGCUCAUCGAUUUCAGUAGACACGAUCACUUUGGGAUGAUUGGAGGAGGCUCUUCUGGGGAUCUCAUGAUCAGGAACGUGCAGCUGAAGCACUCUGGGAAGUACGUCUGCAUGGUGCAUACAGCAGUGGACAGUGUGUCUGCAGCGGCAGACUUAAUUGUCAGAGGGCCCCCUGGUGCACCGGUGGGCGUGUUGGUGGGGGACGUUACGGACAGGACCGCUCAGCUCUCGUGGGGCCCCGGACCUGACAACCACAGUCCUGUUACCCUCUACAUCGUGCAAGCCAGGACCCCUUUCUCUAUCGGCUGGCAGGCAGUCAAAACUGUUCCUGAUUCUGUGCCUGGACAGAUGAUUCAUGCGACAGCGGUGAAUCUAAAUCCGUGGGUAGAUUAUGAAUUUAGAGUUGUGGCUAUCAACAACGUGGGGGUGGGGGAACCCAGCAUGCCAUCCAAACCCGUUCGCACCAAAGCUGCAGAUCCUGAAGUAGCCCCAGCUAACGUGAGUGGAGGUGGAGGAAGCCGAGGCGAACUCGUGAUUGUUUGGGAGCCUGUGCCGGAGGAGCUACAAAACGGCGAAAAGUUUGGAUACGUGGUUGCAUUUCGUCCUCUUGGCACCACAACAUGGAAACAAAGCGUGUUGGCCUCGGCAGAUGCAUCACGAUACAUUUAUAAAAACGAUACUUUUUCACCACUCACUCAGUUUGAAGUAAAAGUCGGCGUCUACAAUGAGAUCGGAGAGGGACCGUUUAGCCCUGUGGUCAUUGUAUAUUCAGCAGAUGAAGAACCCUCAGUAGCUCCUCCCAGAGUCUGGGCCCGCACUCUGUCCGCGUCUGAGAUCGAGGUAUUCUGGGAACCCGUCCACCAAAGCGGCAGUAAAGGACGGAUAACAGGCUACGAGGUGCAGUGGUUGGAGGAUGGGUCACCUGAAAGCGAUGCAGAGAGAGUAAGGGUCACGGAAAGCUCAGUCAAUAUCACAGGUCUGAAGGGAAGCACACUUUAUCUGAUGUCAGUCAGAGCACACAACAGCGCAGGCACCGGGCCGUCCAGCGCACCCAUCAGCAUCACCACCAAGAAGCCACCUCCAAGUCAACCCCCGGGGAACAUUGAGUGGAAUCUGACAAACUCAAAGGUUUUUCUGAACUGGGAACAUGUGAAGGCAAUGGACAAUGAAUCAGAAGUAACCGGCUACAAGGUUGUGUAUCGUCAAAACUGGCACAGAGGAAGCGGCGUAGUCGAGACCAACAGGACGUCCGUGGAGCUUCAGUUGCCGUCAGAAGAGGACCUGCUCGUUCAGAUCAAAGCCCUGAGUGACGGAGGAGACGGCAGCAGCAGCAGCCCUAUACGUAUUCCAAAGAUGUCAAGCCUGAACUCAAGGGGAUACUUCAGUUCAGACGCAAGCAAGAUGGCCCAUGUUCAUGGAGUAGUCUUUCUGAUCUUGUCAUGGUUGUUUUCAUAGAACUUUGCCUUUAUUUAAAGCUGAAGUGUGGCAUUUCAAGGAUGAUUAUGGUUUCUCAAACACUCAAGCUAAAAAUGGCUUACUUGAAAGUAAGUAUUAAGAACACUUGGAAAAAAUACACACUUCAGCUUUAAUACUUAAAAAAAAAAUCUAAUUGGGUGGAUAUAGUAACAUUUUCCUUUAUUUUUUUUUUUUUUUUUUUUUUUUAAAAAGUUACAAAUUGGUGACUCAGCUCCAUUGCCUUAUAUUGUGAUGGUUUUUUACCUCUUUGUCAAACUAUUGGUCUUUUGUAUGUAGAUUUUAUGCAAAAAAGCAGGCUUUCUCUUGUAGCUAAUAAUUUUGCUUAGGUGUUCAGAACUGAGAUUCAAAUUGAGCACAACAUUAAGUCCUGUAAUGCAGUAGUGACUUGGAAUGUUGGAUCUUUAAAAGAAAUCCUUGAAUUCCUGUUUUUCCUUCUACACACGUCAGUCAAGUCAGUGACGUUGUGUUUGUGUAUGUAAAAAGGCCUUUAGAUAGAUGAAAUGCAUUAUGUUGUUUUGCAUAAGCCCUGAGAGAUAUUAUUGUUUUGAAGAAUAGUGACAGUUUGGUUUGAUACAUACUGUAGUUCCAGGAUAAUUACGCAGAUUUCUUGCUGCUAGUUGGUAUGAAUUAUUCUUUUGGAAAAUUACGAAAGUCAAUCAUUUGAUGAUUUUAAAAUGAAAUGUAUAUCUUGUUCCUUUGAAUUCAACUCAUAAUUCAUCAGUUCAAUUAUGAUUUCUUCUGCCAUUCACAUUAUCCUACGGGAGACAAUAUGCUAUGGAACACAGUUUUCCUUGCUGAUAUCUCUCAAAGAUUUAUCAUGUUUGUUCUUGUGAUAAUAUUUCUUGCAAACACCUGCUGAGUUUGUAUGCUUGAAGAUGAGACCGAAGUGUGUCAUCAGAACUUAGCUUAAACAGAUAUUCCCUCUGGCGGUUUCAUGUUUUCUAAAUAUCACAGUUCAUACAUCUGAAAGAAAUGUUUUAUAUCCUCUACCUUUUUUUUUUUAAUUUAUAAUUUUUCUCUAUUUGUAAUUAUCAUGCUUUGUGAAAAACUUUUAAACUUUUAUUUAGUUUCUAUUAUUUUUGUAAUAUUUAUUUUAAUAUUUAUGUUUAUUAUUUAUUUAGUUUCUUUUAAAUAGUAAAUCACCUAAUAGCAUCCACAUUUUUGCCUUAGUUUGAAAUUUUGCAUUUUAUAAAUGUAACAUAUUCGUCUGGUGUUUUCUUUUGCUGUUAUGUAAGCAUUUUGACCUAUUUAAUACCUUUGUAUUAACCCUGUACAAUCUCUGAGAGAUAAAAUAAAUAAAAUUUCAUAUUGAAAUAUA